AUUCCUUAAAAAGUUAGAAACAUAACUCCAGUCACUUGAGAAUGUCAAGCUCAACACUAAAACGGAUCCUCCACCGGACCCUAAACCCCAAACCCGACUCGACCCAUUCCUCUUCAAUCUCUCUCUUCACCACCGUCUCUUCUCCACCGUCCGAUCCCUCAAACCCUACUUCUCCAUCAGAUCCACUCGUCACCGACGCCGUCUCAAUCCUCACUCACCACCGCUCCAAAUCCCGAUGGUCCACUCUCCGAUCACUGACCCCUUCCGGCUUCACUCCUUCUCAAUUCUCCGACGUCGCUCUCCGCCUCCGCAACAACGCUCACCUCUCUCUCCGCUUCUUCCUCUUCACCCGCCGCAACUCUCUCUGCUCUCACGACGUCGAUUCCUGCUCAACUCUAAUCCACAUCCUCUCCCGAUCUCGCCUCAAAAGCCACGCUCGCGACGUGCUCCGCCUCGCUCUCCGUAUCCCCUCCUCCGAAGAUCGCGUCCCGAAAGUGUUCCGCUCGUUGAUCAAGAGUUACAAUCGAUGUGGCUCUGCGCCCUUCGUCUUCGAUUUGCUGGUGAAAUCGUGUCUCGACUCGAAAGAGAUCGAUGGUGCUGUGAUGGUGAUGAGGAAGUUGAAGUCUAGAGGAAUCAAUUUACAGAUUACUACUUGCAAUGCUUUGAUCUCAGAGGUCUCGAGGCGUAGAGAUGCUUCCACUGGGUAUAAGCUAUAUAGAGAAGUGUUUGGAUUAGAUGAAGCUAACAAGGUUAAGCCAAAUGUUAACACUUUUAACUUGAUGAUGGUGAGUUUCUACAGAGAAGGUGAAACAGAGAUGGUGGAGAGGAUUUGGAGAGAAAUGGAGGAAGAGGUUGGAUGCUUUCCUAAUGUUUAUAGCUUUAGUGUUUUGAUGGAAACGUAUUGUUUUCGAGGUAUGAUGGUUGAAGCAGAGAGGGUGUGGGAAGAGAUGAGGUUAAAAGGAGUGGUUUAUGAUGUUGUGGCUUACAACACUAUGAUUGGUGGGCUUUGUAGUAACUUAGAGGUUACUAAAGCCAAGAAGCUUUUUGAGGAUAUGGGGUCCAAGGGAGUAGAGUGUACUUCUUUAACUUAUGAUCAUCUCGUUAGAGGGUAUUGUAAAGUUAAGGAUGUUGAUUCGGCUAUGGCUGUUUAUAGGGAGAUGAAAAGUAAGAGUUUUGAGGCAGAGGGUUUAACCAUUGAAGCGUUGGUGGAAGGAUUGUGUGAUGGUAACAAAGAAAGAGUUGUUGAAGCCGCGGAGAUCGUGAAGGAAGCGGUGAGGGAAUCAGAGUUUUGUCCUAGUCGGAAAUGUUAUGAGUUGCUGAUAAAGAGGUUGUGUGAAGAAGGGAAGAUGGAUAGAGCGUUGAGCAUUCAGGCAGAGAUGGUUGGAAGAGGACUUAAACCUAGCCAAGAGACGUAUAAAGCUUUUAUCGACGGGUAUGGAAGAGCAGGUGAUGAAGAAACAUCUUCAUUGUUGGCUAUAGAAAUGGCUGAAUCACUCAAGCUAAGAGAUGAGGAAGAAGAAAGCUAGAAUUUUGAGCUUUCUAUGUAUGUUGCAAGUGACAAAUCUCAACUCAAUUCAUACUGAACAAACACAUCAUUGACCAUUCUUAUUUCUGAAAGUCUCGACUUGUGAAUAGGUCAAGAGGGUAAAACUAAAACAAGAUUGGUUGACAAGUUAUGAGGAGAGACAGAAUCAUAAAAAUCACUCUUACAUAAACACAAAUGGGGAAAAUAAACAGAGAAGUUGUGAAAUGAUGUUUUGCUUAAAAGAUGAUAGCCCAAACGGGGAAGACGACGAGAGCAAUAAUCCCAAGGGUGUUGGAGAUGCCAUUAGCUUUAGUGAAUGCGUUUUUGAAUCCACCAGAAGCUCUAAUGUGUUCUUGAAGCAAGUAACCUCCAAUUCCUAAGCAUAUAAUCAAGCCAACCAGGUUGCCUCGGAAUGUGUAGGCUAUUAGAUUCGGAGCCACCACAAUGAGUAGGAUCGCAGCAGCCGGUAACUCAAACCAUUCUUAUAAACAACAAUAACAGAGAUAGUCAAUCAGCAAUGAGCUUGUGAAGAAGAAUCAAUUUUAUUUAGAAUGGUAACAAACCUCGGAAGUGUUUAGGAAAGAAGAGUUGUAGAACAACAGCUACAAUCGCAAUCCAUUUACCAAUUUCACCUCUAUGAAAUUUAAGACAUUAUAAAGUUAAAGACACAUCUCAGAAUAAAUCGAAGUGUUGCAUCUGGUUUACCUGAAAAGGCUAAAGAUGACAGAAGGAAGGCUGAAGAAGAUGUAAGGAAUCAAAAGUGAUGUGAGCAUAUUGGUCUUCCAGUUAGUUCGGUCCAAGACCAACAAGUAUCUGCAUUUCAUUACAUAACAAGAUCAGCAUAAAGAAACCAAGCAAGAGAGAGGAUAAGUGAGUAAAAGACAGAGAGAGAGAGAGAGAGGGAGAGGUUACAUGGCGGCGACUGAAGCAAUCCAUUCGAGGAUGGAAGUACCAAAGCCUAAACCAGUGAGCAUGAAGGUGUGAUUAGCAAGGUUCUUCGCAGCGGUAGCGAGCUCGUUGAGAUCUGUUCCAAGCAUGUUUUGAAGGGUUCCAUGGUCACUCCUCAUCGGCGUGAAAGUCAUUUACUUGGCCGAAGAAUACAGAGGAAGA